CGUCGGCUCCUCUGAGCAAGAAUGGAAAGGAAGAUGGAGGAGAAUAUUAUUAGAGACGUCGAGACUGGCAGUGAAGCUGGGGGAGAGGAUGCCUUGGUGGGGAAUGUGAACAAGUUGAUGGUGACCCCUCCAGGGUAUUCAGGAACUCAGCGCAAAGGACACCUCGUAUUUGAUGCCUGCUUUGAGAGUGGUAACCUUGGCCGCGUUGACUACAUCAGUGAGUUUGAGUUUGACCUCUUCAUCCGGCCUGACACCUGCAACCCUCGCUUCCGAGUUUGGUUCAACUUCACUGUGGAGAACGUCCGAGAAACACAGAGGGUUAUUUUCAACGUGGUCAACUUCUCCAAGACUAAGAGCCUGUACAGAGAUGGCAUGUCUCCCGUCGUCAAGUCUACCAGCAGGCCUAAAUGGCAGAGGCUUCCGGCCAAAAAUGUCUACUACUACCGCUGCCCUGACCACCGCCGCAACUACGUCAUGUCCUUCGCCUUCUGCUUCGAUAGGGAGGACGACAUCUACCAGUUCGCCUACUGCUACCCCUACACCUACUCCCGGCUGCAGCACUACCUGGCCGGCUUGGAGCGCAGGAACUUGCCCUACCUGCAGAGGGAGCAGCUGGGACUCAGUGUGCAACAACGGCACCUAGAUUUGUUGACCAUCACCAACCCUGCCCACCUGAGUCCAGAGAGGGAGAAGAGGCUGGUCUUCCUAACUGCUCGUGUCCACCCUGGAGAGUCUCCUGCUUCCUUUGUCUGUCAAGGUGUGAUAGACUUCCUUGUAAGCCAGCAUCCCGUGGCUCAGAUCCUGAGAGAUCAUGUGAUCUUCAAGAUUGUCCCGAUGCUCAACCCUGAUGGAGUCUACCUGGGCAACUACAGGUGUUCUCUGAUGGGCUUUGACCUGAACCGUCAUUGGCAGGACCCCUCUCCUUGGGCCCACCCCACACUGCACGCUGUCAAGCAGCUCAUAGUACAGAUGAACCAAGACCCGAAAGUGAGUUUGGAGUUCUACAUUGACGUCCAUGCCCACUCCACCAUGCUGAACGGCUUCAUGUAUGGCAAUGUGUUCGAAGAGGAGGAGCGGGUCCAGAGACAGGCUGUCUUCCCCAGACUGCUGUGCCAAAACGCACCAGAUUUCUCCCUUUCCAACACGUCCUUCAACCGGGAUGUGGUGAAGGCUGGCACCGGCAGGCGGUUCCUGGGUGGUCUCCUUGACGACACGUCCUACUGCUACACUCUGGAGGUGUCCUUCUACAGCUACAUGACAGCUGGCAGCACCGCUCCUGUACCUUACACUGAAGAGACAUACAUGAAGCUGGGCAGAAAUGUGGCUAGAACCUUCCUGGAUUACUACAAACUCAACAACCUGAUCAAGGACGACAGACCAACUCACAUUCAAAGUCCUGAGGUGUCCUCCCAGACAGGCAGCGGGGGCAGAAAGGACAUCGAGGUUGACAGAGACACAACAGACAGGGAGAGGAAGAGCCACGGCGUCAGGCACUAGACCGACAGACAGACAGACAGACAGAGAGACAACCUGUAUGAAACACAGAGCACUGUAACAGGAGGAUCCUUCACACUUCAUUGCCUCCAGAAGCCCCACAUCUCCUCGGCUAUAAAGACUUAUUUUCGCAUUUCACAGACUUAUAACAGAGAAGUGGCUGGUAUUCACGGGCUUAUAAUCAGAGCAAGUUGGUCAAGUGUUAUUGUUUGGUGGCUAUAAAAAGUAUAAAAUAGAAUGUGAAGGGCAGGCAGACUCUCAAACCCGUCUAAGCUCCACUCGAGGCCUUCACUCAACAGCUUGUUUUUCUACCAAGACGCACUCUCUCCAUCCUACACUAGCCUACAUGUUGCCUUGUGCUUUGACCCCGAGUAACUUGUUUAUAUAGUUGUAAAUAAAUGCAUGCACAUUUGCUUUCACCUUAUUUAUGACUCCGUUGGUCUCAUUAUCUUUGUUGAUAUUGCUGUUAAAUACUUGAGCAUCAUAUUGUACCCAUAUAGCAAUACUGAGACUGAAGCUUAAGAUAUGUAAAAGUUACUUGUAUAAAAAAAAAAACAAACAUUUUGAUAGUCAGUCCAGCUGUAUGAAAAGUCAUCAGUGUUACUUUGUUUUAUUUAUUGUGAAUGUGCUGUUUGAAUGAAUAUGAGAAUGUUGCAGCUAAGGGUGGUUAUGUGGAUUUCAGUUCGUUUUCAUAGACUGAAUGAAAUA